AUGUUGUCGUACAAAGAUAGCAAUUAUAGAAGAAGAAACUGGGGUGUGAGUAGUGGGGCUCGUGGGGGCUUCAGGCAAGGCUCAGCGUCUCAUGUUCUUCCGCCAGUAUCGGAUAAGCCGUUUGGACCAGAGAUCGACAGCAUCAAUAUAUCAAAUCUGUUGAUUGAAGAAGAUGCUCCCAUAAUUGAAAAUGUCAACUAUGUCGCUUCUUACAACUGGGUCGAUGGAAAAAGUCCCAUAAUUCUUGUACCAGGUUCCCCUCCAGCUUGGUCUCCUCCCACUCAAGAUGAGAAGCUUCCUGAAGAUAGUGGAGCUGUAUAUCGCGAUAUCAACGCUGCUCGAUAUCCUAAUUAUCCCAUGGAGCCUGUCGUUCGAUCACUUUUGGCUCUUAAACCGGAUUUCAAGCUGCAGGAUGUAGAUUUGGUGGCAUGCGGGUCUACAAUUGGAAAUCUACUACGAUUUGCAGGCUCGUUGGAUAUGCCAUUCCGAUUUGAUGCAGAUCUCGUCGGAGACACCGUUUUCUUCAUCCGAAAAGGAAAAAGUCCGACAGAAACCAUUGAGGACCUCCGAGGUUACGGUCAUACAUUUCCGGAACGAUAUACUACAUGGGACAGAGAUGUUGGUGGCUCUUGCUCACAUCAGCGGAUAAUUGAGUAUGAUUUUGCGGAUCUUCAUCUUUUGGUUCGUAGCGAGACUGAUGGGUAUCUUAAGAAGCAAGAGCCACAUGCAACUACCUCGUCAGGAUCAGAGGAGAAUGUACAGGCAUCGAUCGAUCAAUCAUUCGCCAAGUUGGAAGUAGGUAACACCACGGCGGUAUCCGAUAGUUCGAAGCUGGAACUGCGAAUGCAAGGCGUCAAAAAGUCCCAGAGUCAGAUUUUUGAUAUGAAGACUCGACGUCACUUAAAAACCUUUGACAUGGAAGAGAUUCUUCCUCGACUUUGGGUUAAUCAGACUCCCAACUUCUUGAUUGCCUAUCACAAAUCUGGACUCUUCGACAACCCGCAAGUAUCGAACGUUAAGGACAAGGUCCUAGAAUGGGAAAAAGAACAUGCUACUUUGUUGAGCAAGUUCCAUGUUCUUCUAAAGAGAAUUUUAGAAGUCAUAAAAGAUUCCAAAGAUGAUCGUGUGGAGAUUAGUUGGGACGGUAAGGGUCCACUGCGUGUGACGAAACAAAUUGGAGAAGGAAAUCGAGUUCUCCCAUCGGAUUUGUUGCAAAAAUGGGACGACUUUGAUUAG